CAGUCACACCGCUGCUAGUGUUUUUGUUUUGGGAAUUCCAAAACGUCGCAGUUGACGAUGAGCGAUAAUAACAACGCGUUGGCCACCAAGGAAGACGUUUUCGGCAUGGAGCACGACCAGGACCACACCAGCAAGCACUACUCGCGGUGCAGCAGUGCGGGCAGCACGCACACUCCGAACUCCUCGGCGCACAAUUCAGACGACGACGACGAUAGCGGCGAUGCGCGCCAUUCCGCGGCCGCCAAUUCCACGCUGAGUUACAAGGAGCGGAGAAGGGAGGCGCACACCCAGGCGGAGCAGAAGCGGCGCGAUGCCAUUAAGAAGGGCUACGACAGUCUGCAGGAGCUGGUGCCGCGCUGCCAGCCCAACGACUCCUCCGGCUACAAGCUCAGCAAGGCUCUGAUCCUGCAGAAGUCCAUCGAAUACAUUGGCUACCUUAACCAGCAGAAACUCAAGCAGGAGGACGAGGGAUCGGCGCUACAAAAGGAGGUAACAGCGUUACGGAUCAUUAAGAACGGCUAUGAGAACAUGCUACAGCAUCAGCAGGCGAAUCCAGGGCCGGAGGAGGCACGACUCACCGAUGAGGCCAAGUUUCAAGUGUUCCAGGCCAUUAUGGAGGAAAUGUUCGAGACAUUUCAACACAUACCCAUGGAGAACUUUAAGCAGCUGACCACCGGCAUUAUCCCCUGGCUGGAGGAGCACUGCAAGCCGCACAUCCUGCGCAACAUACUCAGUCGUACCUUGCAGCAAAUGGCGCAGGAGGCUAUGGAAAAACAGGAACUUCAGGCCAUGGAGCAGGAGUCGAGCGAGGGUUUCAGCUGAUCGCGCGGUUAGUUCAUAUUCUCAUUGGUUAUUUUAGAAAUCCCUGUUUGGUAGAUACUUUCGUUACGUUUACUGCGUACAAACAUUAAAUGCGUCAUUUGAAUAGUUGUAAAAGCGUUGACAAGGAAAGAU